CACUGAUCCCAUCACACCACCGCCACGCCUUUUGUCUUGGUUUGGGUGCACCGCUUCGUCAUCGAUCCCCAUCACGCCUUUUUGUUUGUCCCCCAAUCGAAUCGCGCCGCGCUUGUCACAGCGCACUGACCAUGUCGGAUACACUCAUGCACACCCUCCCGGACGCGCACGGGCACGCGGUGCAUACUCGCGUGGUAGACGAUGACGCGCUGGGCUGGGAUGCGCAUGCAGAUGGAGAGGACGAGGAGCGUGGCUCUGCGGCAUCCGUGUCCGCGUCCGCGUCCCCGGAAACGACUGUAGCAUCGGCGACGACGACAAGCUCUACUACGAAUACCACCGCAUCCAACGCUACCACGACUGCCAGCACGAUAUCCACGCCCUCGUCGACCGUCGACGAGCCAGAAGUUGAAGAGACGAAACAGGACACAUACGGAGACGCAGAGGCAAAAGCGGGCACACAAAACAAAUCGGAGGGGCCAGGGGAAGAGGGCUUAGGAGCGGCCGUGAUGACGACAAAGUCGCGAGACCGGCCGCUGAAAGGCAAGGGCACGCGAUCGUGGGCGCAAUUACCCGGGGAGGUCGUGAGAUUAAUCGCCUCUUACCACCGCCUCAACGCUUCGGCGUCGUACGUCGUGCCUGCAGUGUAUGAACCCCCGCUACCCCAGCGACCGACGGAGUCCACAAAUGCGUUCGCAUUCAUGGAGGCGGAACGGCGUGUUUGGCUGGCGGCACUGGACGCGUUGGCGAUGGAGACCGUGAUGAGCGUGUGCAUGGACUGGUCACUGGCGUGUACGCGUUUCUGCAUUGCAACGUCUUGUUCUCAAGCUGAUGGACGAUCAAGUGGAGACGCACAGCUUCUGGGACGCGGCGAUCGAGGUGUAUGACCCGACGCGUGCAACGGCGCACUACGCGCAACCGGCCCCGCCGAAUCAAAACAACAACACGAGUAACAGCAACAGUAGCGCGGGCGCGCCGAUGACACCCUACCGACAUCUGCGCCUGCUGACGGGGAGCACCUGCCUUCUGUGCCGUCUGGCUAUGCCGCACGCGCCUGCGCCGCUGCUGAUGAACAACGUGCGGCGCACUCAGCGGACGCUCCACCUGGGUUACGUUCCGGCUUGCAAGGACCACUCAUCGACCAACACGCGGCGUGACCGAUGGUGCGGGAUGUGUCUUCGAGACCCGGAACUCGCGCGGUCAGGCAGGGCGGAGCUCGUCAAGUCGGCGAGGGAGGAGGAAAUGCGUUGGCGGUGGGCAGAUGACAGCACCGGUACCGGCACCCACACGGCUGAGGAGGUGCGCGUCAGACGUUCGGCGUCGGCUGCCCGCGCUCGGGCCUGCGUGGACGAAGAAGAACGGUUUAUGGUGCUAACGGCAUCUUGGCCGCCCGCAGUGGGGUGCGGUGUCGAUCUGAGCGUUGCCGUCAAGGCAGUCCUGCCAGCGAUCCAGGCGCAGUACCACGCGCAGCAGUACCCGCACUACUACAACCACCCGCACACAGCUCAGCAGCAGGCCCACCUCGUCGGGUGGCUUGAGAACCGGGAUGGACUCGCGUGCGUCGGGGAGAAAGACCGCUCGUUUCCGGGCAUCAAUGUCACGUGUCGUGGGUGUCGCGGGGAGUGGAUUUGGCGCGCAGCGGUGCGCGGUGUACUCGGCGAAGGGGACGCCGAGCGGGUCGGACGGGGGCUCAGUUUGCGCGGCCUGGACUUGGGCAGCAGUGCUGAUGGAUCGAGGUCGCCAUCGUCGCCCCAGCACUCCUUGCUUGCGGCAAUCGGGAUCACCUACCCACCUUCGCCGGACACGAUUGGAAUGUUCCGGCCGCGCGACCUGCUCACACGAGGAGCACUGACGAAUCUGCUUGAUCUGGGCGAAGGCACGGUGGACUCGCUGCUUCGGGGCGCCGCAGAACGGGCGUGGCUGGCUCGGCAGACGCGUUGGAACGCAAUGAUGCGUGAGGCUGUCGAGGCGCGGAGACUGGGUGUGGGGCGGCGCAGUCGGCGCCGGGAACAGCAACAGCGGCGGAGAGCGGAGACGCCCGGCCCACGCGCCCGGUUUGAGAAUACAGCGGCUAAUCAGGCCGCUUAUGCGCGGGCGGGGUACGUCCCGGACGAGGUGUCCUCUGACGAGGAUUCGGAUGUCGGCUCGGAACUAGGGUCGGACGAGAUGUUUGAUUCCGAGGCGGAGGAUGAAGAGGAGUCUGAAGAGGAAGAUGAGGUAGAGAUGGCAGAAAAUCUCGAUGCGGCCGUGCGCGACAUGGCAUUGGGCGAUUGGGCCCGCGCACGGAUUCUGUCCGGAAGAUGGACUGCACCGGCGGACGAGUAUUACGCCAUCGGUACAGAUCCGGAGAAAACGAUGCAUCCACUUCCCUGGUCUGUUUCGACAUCCCCCACCCCACCAUCCAGAACACCGCCACUGCCACCGCCGUCUGACACGCUUACGCACUUUGCCCAGGUCGCGUAUGGGCGUCAGAUGCGCGCGAUCCUUGGCCCAGCGAUGCUGAAUGUCGUGCGCCGCGUGGCUAUGUCGGACGACGCAUCCUCAGACGAUGUGCCCGAUGCUGUGCUCCGCAUCUCGCGCGUCACUCUCCCCGCUGUGCUUCGUACCCUGCGAGAAGACGAGACAGCGUGGUAUGACGGGGAAGACAUCUUGUCGGCGAUCCCGCGCAUCCCGGUCCCCGCCGAACCCGACACGCCGGGGGACAUCCUGCGGGAGCUCGGGCCGGCGGCGGCGGACGCGCUGUGGACCACGUGGCGCGAGGCGUGCCGGGACGUCUAUGUGUGCUCGUGCAGCAUUUGUAGCAGGGCCGAAGCGGCCGCCCUCGCCGCCGAGACUGACAGCAGCGCCGCCAACCACGUGAGCAGUGUGCGGCUGAGUCUCCCCGCGCCGCCGGUCGUACCGGUGCCGGCGUCCCGAGAGGAGGAGGAGGAGGGUGACGAACAAGACCCGCUCGUGAUCGAGAUCCCCUCCGAGUACGACGUGGACGAGGACGAGGACGGGCUGGGUGUGGUGUCGAUCGUCAUCCCCGAUUCAGAGGACGAUGUAGAUGUUCCGGAGCCGCUACAGCGGACAGCGCGAAAACGCUCCGUGGACGAAUGCGAGUUGGAUGCCGGUGAUGACGAUCGCCAUGGCAAGCGACUGGAUGGCUCGAUGACCUCGGAGGCGCCGGGGACACCGCCCAAACGCGCGCGGCUCGCUAAUGUGCCCGCGGAUGAGCGGUGGGGCAUGAAUCUGGGCUUGGCGAAGCGUGGGUCCGAGGAGCUGGAAGCAGAGGAAGCGGAGAUCGGGGAAGAGCUUUGGAGAAUGAAUGGCAUAGCCCAUGGAGGGAGAAACCUGAAGAGGGCCCGGGGGGAGGCGUAAAAUGGAUUAUCUCGACGUGGUCGUCGAAGUUGUACUUGUCGUGUUGUUCGCUUGCUGAUCUACAUAUCUUCUCUGUUUCUCGUUCGUUUGCUUGUCUCGGGUGCUCGAUCGUCGUGAACCUCAGAUGGGGGGUGCCAAAUGUUUUCAUUCCCAUUCUCAGUCAGCUGGAUGACCAGCUGUUCACUCACGCACGAUGAACCAGUGCAGUGAAUUGUCCACUCCAUCGGCCGAACUUCCGCGAAUACCUGCGCCAUGGCAUGUACGUCCUGACUUGUAUACGUAUGCAUUAUCAAAGUCUCUCAUCGAGUAGCUCAUUACGACUCCGAGUGAAAGGCUAAGAGGCAGAGGUAGAGGCAGAUAGACUGCGCUUCCUCGUGGAGUGAGAGGGGAGCUCCCACUCCUCUCUACUUCGUGCCUCCCCCAUGUCCAACGAUGCGGCCGCCGUCAGCUGGAUCAAUCCGCCGUCAGAAUGACGCACCGUGCCCAUGAAAGCGCUCGCCCUGGGGUUCUCACGGACCUGGAAAUCGUGUAUGGGACACGCUUUUUUAGCUACUAGUCCUCCUACUGCUCGCUCACGGGCACACCCCAGCGGCCCUGCAGACCCUGGGGCUCGAGGAGGUGAAUCACCUGCGGUCGAUCUUCGAUAAUCCGCCCGAUACAGGCAUGUGGGAGGAGGAACUUCGAGAUGAAGCGCCGUGGAGAGCUCGUUGGCCGUGAGUUCUGGGACCAGACGUUGGGGCAUUAUCAGGUACAUUGGGAAGACUAAGUUAGCUAGGCACUACGAAGCAAGUUCUGGUGCAGCAUGGUUGGCAAGUGGCCUCCAUCGGGAAGGCGAGAAUCUAGCAGCCGGGAUUCAUUGCACGGCAAUAGCAGUACUAGGCAUAUCUUUUCUGCACUUGAUACGAGACCCCAAUAUCAGCCAUUGCUCCUGGUCAUUCACUCGACAUUACAUGGAGCCUCGUAGAACAUUGGAAUUCACUACCUCAACUGUCAUGAUACCUCAACUGUCAUGAUAAUCCAACAUGUUCUCCAUCACUCAAGUUGGAUGGAGGGAUCAUGACCCAGGAAAAGGCGGGCGAUAUCUCCGACGAGAACCGUUUCUUGAAAAGAAAGUGACCUCUUGUGGGCUUUCUUCCUACAUGCUUUCAGACGUGACAGCUCAGAACAUCGACGACUAAUCGUUCUACUACUGAUGUCAAGUUGCGGAUAAGUAAGUCCUGAGUCUAGCAAGUAUCAGUGAAAUUCCUGCUCGAUAAUCCAAUCACCCUUGUAAUUACUAACAUCGGCGGGGGGUGGUUUUUGUGCCAUAUAGACGACCGAUUUAAUAGUUUAUAUCGCAGGGCAUCAAAAUUGAUUGGGAAAUGAACUGCGACAGGUCGAAGCUGCUCGAAGCAGCUUUUGUGCGGGGGAAGAGAGGAGCAAUACCUGCUCCUUCUCCCACCGUCAUGUCAGGCCAGAAUCCCAGCGUCAGCUGGAUCACUCCACGAGCCCAGUGGCGCUCGCGGCGCGGCGAAACACGCACCGUUCCCAUGAAGGUGCUCGUUCUGGGGUUCCCGCGCACGGGCACUGCGUCCAUUCAGAAGGCGCUGCAGAUUCUGGGGUUCGAUGCGGUGUACCACAUGCGGGCCGUGUUCGCGAACCCACCGGAUGCAGAUAUGUGGGACAAGGUGCUGGAGAUGAAGCAGCGCGGGGAGCCUGUGGGCCGCGAGAUUUGGGACGAGAUCCUGGGGCAUUGCCAGGCUGUGACCGACGCACCCUGCGCGAUUUACGCGGAAGAUCUGCUCGCUGCAUACCCCGAUGCCAAGGUCAUCCUGACGCUGCGCGACCCCGAGCGGUGGUGGACGUCUUACGCAAGGACCGUCAACAGCAUGCUGCGGCACCGCCUCUUCGCCGUCGCCGUCUGGCUCGAUUCGGGCAAAUACGGCCUGCGGCGCGUUGCGUCCGUCGCGUUUACGCACGUCGACCAGCUCGUCGGCCCCGCACCGACAGCAGCAGAGGCGCAGGCGCGGUUCGUCGCGCAUUACGAGCUUGUUCGCCGCUUGGCAGCUGGACGACUGCUGGAGUUCGACGUGAAGGUCGCGGGGUGGGCGGAGUUGUGCGCCUUUUUGGAGGUGCCGGUCCCAGAGGGUGUGGAGUAUCCACAUGUGAAUGAUGCGGCGGAGUUUCAAGCGGCGUUGACGGCAAAUGCGCUCACUUCGCUUCGGCGUCUCGCUGGCGAUUGGCUUCCAUGGGCGGCUUUCGUUGUGGCUUGCCCUGUCGCUGUUGUCCUGGCUGUGUCUUCUCGGAAAUAAUAGAGCGGAUGGUCAGACAUGUCUAGACCAGAGUGGUUUGACAUGACAAUUCGGACUCUGAGUUGAAUCACUAGAUUGAUAAAUUUUGACUUGACAAAUAUGGUUGCGUGUCAAUGCAUCCGACCCUCUUCUCAUGAACUUCCCUGGCGGCAUCAGUGUUCCAGAACAAAAUGAUAAGUCUCACUUCAUUUUAAAACAAACCAAGAGCCGAAACACCUUCGAUUGAUCCAGGAAGUGCGGGAUCGAAACGAAUCCCGACGUGGGUAAGGCACGUGACUAUGUUGACCAGUACCUGAACCGAGCUAAAUUCGAUAGUAACUUGCGUCAACGACUUUCGCUUGCACUGCCAACCCCAAUACCGAUCACUCCAGUAUUCAAUGGCCGACUCGAGCCUCUCGUACCACGUCCUCUUCCUCGACUCGGCCGCCCCCUCAUUCUCGAUUUCAUUCGACCCGGACGUACGCGGGGAGUCUCUGCUCGAUGCAAGCCCGGAGGAUUUCUUGGAGCUCGCGGGGGUCCGGAAGGAGGUUGGGGAGCUGCUCCUCUCGCCGCCGCCCGUCCCCACGGUGGUACCGUACCAGCCGCUGCUGCGGGUGGAAGAUCUGGUGCGCGCUCGCACGGUGGAAGUACUCGAAGCGACCGGAGUCGGGCAGAGCUGGAACGAGGGCCCGAAGGAAUACCCCAUCAUGGGCGUCCCAACAGUUGACCCGGCACCCCGGGCCGGGGAUGAUGUGAACGAAGCUGAGCAUCAACAUAUGAUCUCGGAUCAGUGCCGGACCAGAUCGGAGGGAGAGUCGGUCCGCACCGCACAGGCACCUCCACAGGAACUGCCACAGCGAGGACACACUGCCGAGAAGACUCGAGCGCGCCGACAAGCAGACUAUCUACCUCACAACCCCUCACUUCCACGCGAGCUUUCGUCUCGGACGCCCACCCGUCAUGUCACUGCUACUGAGUCCCGUCGUGUGCUGCUGGCCCCAGGACAGAGCGAUUUGUCCAUGCGCGGGCUCUCAAAUCUCCUGGUCGCAGACAUAGAGGAAGACGAGGGUUUCGCUGCAGACCGCGCUGAGUCGGAGCAAAGGCCGAAUCUUCCGUUGCCGAGCCUUACGGAAGAGCCACUGGCACAAGAUGUCUCCGUUUCCUCCCAUGCGGUGGUCUCAGAUGCAUCCGGAGCCGGAGCUGGAGCUGGAGCUGGAGCUGGAGCUGGCGCUGGAUCCCUUGACAGCCGUGCAACUAGGGAGCACGGAUAUGAAAACAGCCUGCUACCCGAGGUGCGGGCCAAGGCACGCGUGGCGAACGAUUGUAGUUACGACGCAGACGAUGAACUGUCGACGCUGGUUGAUUCCAUUCCCAUGAAUCCAAUGGACGGGCUGUCAGCGCCCACGCGUGCUGAUGCUGCUGCUGCUGCCGCUGCUGCCGUACAUCCCGACGCUCAAGCGAGCGGCAACAUGAUUAUCGACCGGCUGAAAUGUUCGUGCGGAAACGGUUCGCCGCGGAGGGUAGAUGACGAUGGACCGGAGCGUCGGAGUACGGGUCUCCCAGUUAUCAUUAUCGAGUCUCCGAAUCAGGAGGGGGCAACCGUGGACGAAGAUACCAGAACUCGUACCAAACUGCGGGACUGUGCUCCGAAGAAGUCGGCUUUGGUGGCAUCUAACGAAUCCGCAGCGGAGAAGGUAGUACCGUCGAAGCACGAGCUACCAACAGCCUUGGAAAGUUCCAGACUAGCGCGGCCGAAGUCGACUUGCGUCAUUACCCCAAAAGCCGCGCCCAAACUCAAAGCUGCAGCUCCUCUGAGAUCGGUCAGUACCAACGCUAGGCGCGCCACGACGACACCUGCUCCACGAAUCAGCACGGUUCUACGUACUGUCCCGGUGGCGGCGCGCGAGCCAAACGCCCAGCCUGCGGCUGCCAAGCGGCCAGCUGCAUCGGGUGUAACGAAAGCCGGUCGAGCAUCUGCUGGCAGUACUAUGACCCCGCAAAUGCGGGCAGCUGAUCCCCCGGUGGCGUCUCUGGUCCAUCGACGUGCUUCGCUGGCUUCUGCCACUAGAAUCCCCGCCAGUAAUAAUGCCGCGCGCACCUCUGCCGCAAGGCACACCGCGAAAACCUCGAAUCCUGCACCACCUAGCUCACGCACCGACGCGAAGGCGCUCCAGCCGAUAGCUGCUCGGCGUGCGACGCUGAGUGGCGGCUCGGUCGUCCACAUUAAACAUGCUGCAGCGGGGCCAGCGCGGGUCGGAUCGAACGCGUCCUCCUCGCGUCCCCGUCCGAGUUUGUCUCUAGCUUCGCAUGACCUCCCGCGACGGGGCGUGCCAGACUUCAAAGCCCUGCACGCAUCACAGGCCGCCCGGCUCGCGGUGGCUCAGUCCACCGCCGCAGCCGCAGCGACCGCCAGGUCGGUGACGGUCCCCCGCCCGGUCUCGUUCAGCACGGACCGGCGGGUUGAGGACCGGCGGCGGCGCGAGAAGGACAAGGAGGACAAGGAGAAUGAUCGUGAGAUGCACAAGAUGAGGAUCCGAUCCGAAUCACCAUCGAAAUCUAAUCUCAGCUCCACGAUCUGCACGUGGUGCCCGGCAAAUGAGGAGCAGCACGCCGAAUUUCAGCGUGGCUGUGCCCAGCGAUUUGCCGAGGGCAUGGGACGGGGGAUCCAUAAAAAGGACGUCGAGGAGCCGGAGGUGGGCAGUCAACCAACGAACCACCUUCUCAACUGCUCCCGAGCCUCACUCACAAACAACUCAACCUUCCUCCUCCUCCUCCUCCUCUUCCAUCCAGCCAUGUGCUCCAACAACUCCCACCUCACGUCCGCAGCCACCCCCGCUCCGGCUCUGUCGUCCGAACCUUCCGCGCACGCAGCGCUCCCGGUUGAUUCCAUGUCGAAUCCAAUGGCUCCAACAGUCUCGGUGCAAUCCAACUCAAAUCCAACGCUAAUCCCGCUAAGCUAUACGCUGCCUAUUUACGAACGCGCGACGCACCCCCAUCUCCUCACCUCCAUGAUCUGAACGCCAGCACUGUACAACGAUAUACCGGGAUCGGGGAUCCUUCGGAGAUCCAACUUGUAUGCAUAAUACCAACAACACAUGUACCAUAGCCAACGUCAUGAUUCGAUCCGAUUCUUCUCUGCUUGCGAUUUUCCCCUCGGGUACCUACGAUUUCGCCGGGGCAGGGACCGGAGAGAAAGUAGUUGGCCGGCUAGGGAUCCAGGCAGGCACAUGUCGUUAUAUGGACCUGCCAGUGGUAAGUUGAUCUCAUCUCUCGGCUCUGGGCCCUGGCUAGGCUGACCUCAGUGAUGCUCUGUGGAGCCAAGGUCACCGAUGCCCGCCGCAUCCGGUCCUUUGGUCCCAGGAGCAGCAUGAGCGCGGUCGUAAAUGACCGGGCGGUAUCCCUUGCCGUACCGAUAUCUGGCUCUUUCAGAGUCCGGGAACUAAGUCAAGGUUAUCGAACACAUGCGGAUACAAGCUGUGUAAUAUUCUAACCCAUUCAGGGUACAUUUAAGAAUUCUCUUCCCGUGCUGGCCAUGCGAGUCGAGUAACAGAGUGCCACAAUACGCUACUCUUCGUGCAGUCGCCUCUCACUUCACUGUUCACGCAAAGUAGCUCAAUAAGUCUCAGAUUGCACAGGUGUCAUACAGAUAUCUACAGUCUAGUGGGUCAUUCCAUGAAUAUUGGAUUUCUUUUCUUCGGUUCGUUCCGCCCUCAUGUAAAUGAGAGGCAGUUCACAGGGUAUUCCGAACUGGAAUGCGAAUGCCUCGUCGUGGGUUUGGCAGGUGCCUGGACCUCGACCUCGCGCGGUGACUGAUGUGGAUGGAGGAUCUUGUGCAAGACGUGCGUCAAGGAGUUCCGCUUCUGUCCAGCGGUCGUCAGUAUUCGCUCAUGAGGUGGGGAGAAUUGAGGAGUCGGACGCACAUGGUUCAUAGGCUCUGGUGUCGACGCGAAGAUCGUGAGUGAUGGGGACCGGGACCGCGAUGGGGAUGGGACGGGGAUGACAGCCUGAUCAGCCCCAGAAAAUCAAAGAAAGCCAUUGCAGUGUGUCAACUGAGAGGAGGCUUGAGUGGUUGUAGAGGAUUGGUAGCUUGUCGCAGGAAGGACGGUGGAGACAGAGCGUCGCCCAGAGAUACAUUUUAUAGUGGCGAGUGCGUGUCGUGACUACCCAGGUCCAGAGCCAGAGAGGGAGAGCCCCGAAUCUCGAACCACCGAGGACGGUCGAAGAAGGGCCGACGCGCGCGGUUCUCUCCGUCGGCCCCGAGUCGUUCCGUGAUUUGGAAUUGGACCGGGCGUGUACAGCCCAAAUCCCGAUGAGUCCAGGCGCGUAGAAUGAAAACACCACGUUCAUUUUGGGUCUCUACUUAUCUCUUAGACAAACACUGGACGUGGUGAAUCGGCCAAGUGGAUAGGGAUUCCGGCCGGCCGACCUGUUCACGUGAUUUGGAAGUAUGGGACGCUGACAAUCCUUAAAAACAAUUCAGCAUCGCAGCUAGGCUGCUCUCGCUUCGUCGUCGACGGGAGCGACUGGAGCGAAGAUUACCAAUCAGAUCUGCACUCAAGGCACAAGAUAAUGAGAUAGAGUAGCUUAGAGUCUUAGAACCUUCCGGAAUAUUAUGUCACCCAUCACUCCAUGACAGUAGUCUUGCCAAUGGCCAUUGUUGCUGGGGGCUUGACCACCGACGCGCAUCGCCAUUCUUGUGCUGCCUCGAACCCUUGUACAUCUGGCCCCAAAAUCGACGGAGUAGCCCACACGUCUCAUCCACGUCCACAUCUGCACCCAUCGUCACUCACAAGUCCACACUCCGCUCUGACCCGGACAGAUCCAAGAUACACGACGUAGCUUGUCCAGCAAGAAGGAGAAGAUGCCUGCGCAAUCAACCGAGAUGUGCGAGAACUGUCUGAUGGGAAGCCGAGAUCUGCGUCGCUGCGGGGGGUGCAACAUCACUCGAUACUGCUCCCGCGAGUGCCAAAAGUCACACUGGAAAGAGCACAAGUCGUACUGCGAGAUGAACAAAGAAAUCGUACGCAAGGCUGCCGGCCGUGGGUCCGAGUACACCGCGCGCCUGAAAUCGAUAGGGAAGUGGUCCGACGUGUGGGGUGCGGUCGUGGGGACUGCGUCGGCGCACGCGCUCGACAUCUCCGCGCACCCCGAAAACAUCGACCAGCUCGUCCUCCUGCUGCACGUCUCGUACGUCCCCCGGGCGAAGCCCCCGUACACACACACCCUCUACGCACACACCACCAUCCCGCUCGACGCCCUGCGGGUCUACCUCUCCUCGCCGCCGUGGUCGCUCCCGGCCCCGACGCUCAAGCAGUUCGAGCAGUCGCUAGCGCCGCGGCCCGACAUGAUCCGCGUGCUUCUGGUGGACAAGGAGGCGGGGUGGACGUACACGACGCCGUUCCUUGUGCCGCCCAACAUGAAACCCUGGCCGCGCGAUCCCAACUGGUUCCACACCCUCAAGCACAUGGUGUCUCCGCCCUCACCGCCGCUCGGCAGGUCUGGGUAUGGGAACCGAACACAGGGGGUUGUGCAGGGCAAGGUGGACGGUCGCAGCGAUGAUCCAGAUUUCAUGAGUCUGGAAGAGUCGCUGGAAGCGCUGGCGAGGAUAUUGACUGAGGGCACGGAGUUUGCACAGCCAAAAACACAGCCACAGCUUGGCACCGAGCCUUCUCCAACUUGAUUGCAAGUUGAUUUCGACGUAUUCCUCCAGUCAGUCCCUCUCCCGCCAGCUCUUCCAUUCCGUCCAUUCUCUCGCAUUUUUGAACCACGUAUCCAAACGGCAGAGACCAUCUAGUGUCUUGUCCGAAAAAGACCAUGAACAUCUAUGUUCCCUGUUUGUACCGGACUGAGUAGUGACAUACCGUAGCUAAAAAGAGUAGGAAACCAAAUAAACUGUUGUAUAAAUUGAAUAUGCAGAAGGGCUUGCACUGAAACCCGA